AUGCUAGGUGGCACCGCUGGGUGUAGACUCGCAUACCGACUUGCAGAUGCUCCAACAAAACCCUCGGUCCUCCUCCUCGAGACUGGAGGAAAUCCAACCGGUGACACGAUUUCGUCUCCGUAUGAUCGAUACACUCCAGCCUUCACGCGGCCGGACCUCGACCAUGGGUAUAGCACUGUACCUCAAAAGGAGCUCAACAACCGGAUAAUUCCAUAUCUCAGGGGUAAAGGCCUCGGCGGAAGUAGUAUACUCAAUUUCAUGAUUUACCUUUAUGGCUCUAAGGAGGAUUACGACAGGUGGGCAAGUCUCGUCGGUGAUGAAUCUUGGGACUGGGAGCACACAAAGGAGAUCUUCAAAAGUAUUGAGAACUACCACAGCUCUGCCUCUGCAACGUAUUCGGAGUAUGCAGACCCAGUGUCGGACGAACAUGGUCACGAAGGAUCUGUGGAUAUCUCACUGCCAACGCGUCUGGAGAGAGGUGUCGACAUCUUCCUGGACGCUGGUCAUGAAUUUGGAUAUCCUCGAAACCUCGACCACAACUCAGGAAACCCCAUCGGACUGGGUGUUUUCCCCGCGACGUACUAUCGAGGCACGCGGACAACCAGUGCAACUGCUCACCUCUCAAAAGUUCCAAGCAAUCUGGCUGUGAUGACAGAUUCAACGGCCACGAAGAUCCACUUCGAGGGCAAACGGGCCACAGCAGUAGAGCUUGAGAACCGACAGAUAGCAACCGCACGGAAAGAAGUCAUUCUAGCAGCCGGUGCAUUCGACUCGCCAAAGCUGCUGCUUCUCUCUGGAGUGGGUCCAGUGUCUCAAAUCGAAUCCCACAAUAUCCCCGUAGUCCACGAGCUGCAAGGAGUUGGCAAGAAUCUUCAAGAACACCCCAUUGUCUUCCUAAAUGUUGAGGUGGGCUCUGCCCUGUCGGAAAAGUACGCCUUUGAAGCCGACGCUGCUGCGAUGAAAGAAGCACGAGAGACGUGGCUCAAGGACAAAACUGGGCCUCUAUCACAUCACAACGGAACAGUCUGGGGAGGCUUCUUGAAGCUGCCUGAGCUGGAAAAGACGGAAGAGUAUAAAGAGCUGGAUGCCGAUGUCCGCGUAUACAUGGAAAAACCUACCGUGCCCGCAUUCGAAACAGCAUUGAGUGCUCCCAUGCUUCCACCUGGACACGAGUUGCCCGCGGGCCAUGCUUACCUUACCGACGUUGUGUUUUUGAUGAAUCCCCAAUCUCGAGGACAGAUCGCUUUAGCUUCUAGUGAUCCAAAGGAUGCACCCUUGAUCGACAUUGCGUUCCUGGACCAUCCGUUUGAUAGAAGAGCAAUGCUCCUGGCUAUCAGGGAGAGCAUGAAUUUCUUUGAGAACUCGGCAUUGGCGAAGUACUUCAAGGGCUACAUAUUGGGUCCCAAGAGUACUUCAGAUGAAGACAUCAAUACCUUUAUUCGAGAGCAAGUAGGGCCAGUAUGGCAUGCCAAUGGAACAGUCAUGAUGGGCAAGGCCGAUGAAUUAGAUUCAUGUGUCGAUACCAAAUUCCGUGUGCAUGGACUCCAGAAUCUCAGGGUUGCUGAUCUCAGCGUGUGCCCCUUGACUGCCAAUAAUCACCCACAGAGCUUGGCAUAUUUGAUUGGUGAAAAAGCAGCCCGAUCAAUUAUCGAGGAUUGGAAGCUUUGA